AUGGCGAGGCGUCAUGGCCCCGAGGGGAGAUGGAUGCCCCAUGGGCAUUUUUUCAGGUUCAGCUUAUGCAGCGGCGCGCUUCUACUUGGCCUCGCAUUCUUUGAUGGCGCCGCUGUAUUUGCAGGCACUGGGACCGUACCUCCGUCGACACCUGCCUCGGAACUCGACCCGUUCACAGUCGGCGAGCUGCAGACCAUCGCAGAAAUCCCACAGCAUGUGUCCGAAUCCCCAUUGCAAGAACAUUCUCCGGCCGAAGCUCCCGAAAGUGCCUCUCUGCCUGAAGAGCUGGUGGCCUCUGGGGCAGCUGCCGGCAAGCCAUGGAAAGUCCCCGAGAGCGAACCCUCGAGAGAAGAUUUCGCGCCGGUCUUCGUAGAGGAGCAGCUGCUGAAUAGGACUGACUUCCCAGUCCGAUUUCUCGCGAGCCUGGAGGGCUGGACGGUGAAGGACCCUGCCCAGGCUGUAUUCUACCUCGUCUGUUGUGGUCCGGUUGAUCGGCUGCUGGCCUUGCCGCCUCGAACGCCCGAGCGCCCUUAUCUGUGCUACGACUGCGCCGCCAAGCUUGGCUUUGACAGGUUAUCCGGAAAAUGCUGGCACGACUGUUCCAGCCUGUUUGCCCUGCUCGCUCGUCGAGACUUCAUGUUCUCUUCGUCAGACAUGCGGCUCUGGGACAUACACAAUGACUCCGCACUACUGUUGCCGGGUAUCACACAUGCCCACCACAUACCGCCACCAGAGACUUUGCAAAGGGACAGAAUUCAGCCAUCCAAUCCCCCCAAGUAUUUUCUGACCUUCCAGGGACCCUGGAAUGUGGGAAAAGAGGGCAGCUCCUUCGUGCGCAUGAACCUUGCGGCCAUGCUCAAUACCUCCAAGAGGCCUCCGAAGUCGAUGAGGAGUCCGACGGGCGAAACCUUGCCCUUACCCACAACAAGUUACACACCACCGGCGGAUGUCUUCAUCUCGAUUGCAGGUGAAUACCGCUACUUCAAGGAAUUCAGACAGUACCACUCCCUCUUCGACUCUUCUUACAGCCUUGUUCUUCAUGGUCAUGGCCGUUGGAGCUAUCGUCUUAUGGAGGUCCUGAACGGCCAGGCCAUUCCAGUGAUCAUGGCUGAAGGUUGGAAUCUCCCGUACCAAGAGCUCAUCGACUGGGAUCAGAUCUCCGUGAGGAGGCCCGAGGCCUUCGGCUUGGACCCCGGAGGCCUCAUCCAGAGCCUCUCCCGCGACCAGCGAAGGAUCGAGGCCACCCGGGAGCGUGUCCGUGAGGUCUUCGAAAAGUAUUUCAAAAACCAUCAGCUGCGGCUUUCUGCGAUGCUUCGUUCUGCAGCCCUCUGGAAGCAGAAUUGGCGUGAGAGGGAGAAAGGGACUCUGCGCUUGCUGGCAGACAGGUACCAUGCAGAGACUCUUUCAAAGGGCCCAAGCGUGGCUGACUUGCUUGUCGGCGAAGCUGGGAAAGAAAGAGACCUUCAUGCCGUAAAGCUUCCUCAUGGUUCUACUCUGCUGACUCCGCUCUCGAUCUUGAAUCCUGCCUGUAGCCACAGUUCAGACAACUGGAACCCCAACACAUUUGAAUCUUCAAACAUGGUACUGCCUAACGAGUUUCUACUGCCACGACGAUGGCUACCGCUUCAAAGACAAUGA